AUGUCUCUCAAGAGCGUGAUGCCUUUCGAAGAUUUUCUAAGGUGGAAUAGUGACCGCAAUAUUGAACUGCGGUACGAUCGGUUCGUGAACGACAAUAGGUAUGAGCAGCGCAUCACCUGUCUACCGUCAAGCGCGGGCGUCCAACAGAAAUGGUCUUCACAUACGGAAGCUGAAAAGCACCGAAGUGCUCCUGCACGGCUAGAGGGAACAUACGAGGGUUUUAGCAUCGAAAGAACUACAGACACCGUUAUGGAUGCACCACUCGACAACGCUAAGGACCAUGACUCUGUACUCGGCCCUCGUAGUAACCCCGUGAGGUUGAGUCGCAAAGCUGCUGUGAAGCGCAACAGUACGAAAGAGAAAAGGUCUACGACUGAGAGACACAACAGUGCGACGCAGAGCACCCACGUCCGCGCGAAGACUUCUUCUAUGGUGCCAGCUAUCCGGAUCAUUGGAAGCACGCUACCCAUCUUACCCCGCUUUAGCUUCGAUGAAACACCCAGUGAGCUCUCGUUUAGCCUCAGCAAGCUCUCCAACUCGCCUGAUUUUGAAGACAUCCCGCUUAGCCCCGUGGCUGGUUCAGAGCCGGUCAACUCGUCUCAACCGCAACUACCUGCCCAAGACCAGCGAAGCCAUCGAGCAGCCGAAGAGGAACGAGAAGAAAAGAUGGGAAACCAAGAAGUGGAGCGACAGCAACGCCAUGUUCCGACGACUUUUGAUCAGAUAUUGGGAGAGAAGAAGGUUCCUACCGCGUUGUUGUAG